AUGGCCGGGGCGGGGUCGGGCGCUCUAUAAGUUGUCGAUAGGCGGGCACUCCGCCCUAGUUUCUAAGGAUCAUGUCUGCGAGUCAGGAUUCCCGAUCCAGAGACAAUGGCCCUGAUGGGAUGGAGCCCGAAGGCGUCAUUGAGAGUAACUGGAAUGAGAUUGUUGACAGCUUUGAUGACAUGAAUCUCUCGGAGUCCCUUCUCCGUGGCAUCUACGCCUAUGGUUUUGAGAAGCCUUCUGCCAUCCAGCAGCGAGCCAUUCUACCUUGUAUCAAGGGUUAUGACGUGAUCGCUCAAGCCCAAUCUGGGACUGGGAAAACGGCCACAUUUGCCAUAUCGAUUCUGCAGCAGAUUGAAUUAGAUCUAAAGGCCACCCAGGCCUUGGUCCUAGCACCCACUCGAGAAUUGGCUCAGCAGAUACAGAAGGUGGUCAUGGCACUAGGAGACUACAUGGGUGCCUCCUGUCACGCCUGUAUUGGGGGCACCAAUGUUCGUGCUGAGGUGCAGAAGCUGCAGAUGGAAGCUCCCCAUAUCAUCGUGGGAACCCCUGGCCGUGUGUUUGAUAUGCUUAACCGGAGAUACCUGUCUCCCAAAUACAUCAAAAUGUUUGUACUGGACGAAGCUGAUGAAAUGUUAAGCCGUGGAUUCAAGGACCAGAUCUAUGACAUAUUCCAAAAGCUCAACAGCAACACCCAGGUAGUUUUGCUGUCAGCUACAAUGCCUUCAGAUGUGCUUGAGGUGACCAAGAAGUUCAUGAGGGACCCCAUUCGGAUUCUUGUCAAGAAGGAAGAGCUGACCUUGGAGGGUAUCCGCCAAUUCUACAUCAAUGUGGAACGAGAGGAAUGGAAGCUGGACACACUGUGUGACUUAUAUGAAACUCUGACCAUCACCCAGGCAGUCAUCUUCAUCAACACCCGAAGGAAGGUGGACUGGCUCACUGAGAAGAUGCAUGCUCGAGAUUUCACUGUCUCUGCCAUGCAUGGAGAUAUGGACCAAAAGGAACGAGAUGUGAUCAUGAGGGAGUUUCGAUCUGGCUCUAGCAGAGUUUUGAUUACCACAGACCUGCUGGCCAGAGGCAUCAAUGUGCAGCAGGUUUCUUUAGUCAUCAACUAUGACCUUCCCACCAACAGGGAAAACUAUAUCCACAGAAUUGGUCGAGGUGGACGGUUUGGCCGUAAGGGUGUGGCUAUUAACAUGGUGACAGAAGAAGACAAAUGGACUCUUUGAGACAUAGAGACCUUCUACAACACCUCCAUUGAGGAAAUGCCCCUCAAUGUUGCUGACCUCAUCUGAGGGGCUGUCCUGCCACCUAGCCCCAGCCUGAGUUCAGUCUUGGGGGGCUGAGGAGUAGCAGGAGGGGGGAGGGAAGGGAGCCAAGGGAUGGACAUCUUGUCAUUUUUUUUUCUUUGAAUAAAUGUCACUUUUUGAGGCAAAAGAAGGAACCGUGAACAUUUUAGACACCCUUUUCUUUGGGGUAGGCUCUUGCCCCAGGCGCCGGCUCUUCUCCCAAAAAAACACUAAUCCAUUUCCCUAACCUAGUGACCUCCAGAUCCCAGAGGCUCUCCUCACCUCAGCUGAGCUCCUUUGAAAGUGAUUCAAGGGACUAUGUCUCUCAGCCUCAUUUGCUGGACCAAAUCUGGAGGGAGAACCCUGAAAACCCCUCAGCAAGAUUGCCCAGGGGAUUGUCCCCAGGUGGGGGGAAGCAGGGGAGAGAAAAUGGUAGCCAUUUUUACAUUGUUUUGUAUAGUAUUUAUUGAUUCAGGAAACAAACACAAAAUUCUGAAUAAAAUGACUUGGAAACUGCC